AUGCUCAUCCACCGACUCGAUCCGGCAAAUUCCAGGCUGCUCCACCGGCGACUGGGUCAUCCUCCGUCGAGUGCUCCGGCAGCGGCAGCCGCCCCUCCUGCAACCAUCGCGGAGUCACCUAACGGCAGCGACGCGCAAUACUUCUACUUAGGACGUCCAGCCUUCUCGACGGCUUACAACCUCCGAUGCUUUGGUCCUUCGGCAGGGGGUCGGGGUAACCUGCAGCUCGACCGAUUUGCGUCCGUGCGAUCUCACGGUUGGUGCCCGUCGGAUCUGAAAGUGACGCAGUCGGGUUCGGAUGCGGGGGUCGCGUGUAAGAGCGCGUGCGAGGCGUUUGGGACCGAGGAGUACUGCUGCAGCGGGGCGUAUGGGAACCCGAAUACGUGUAAGCCUACGCGGUACUCGCGGUUGUUUAAGAACGCGUGCCCGAGGGCGUAUAGCUACGCGUAUGAUGACGGUACGUCUACGUUCACGUGCGAGAACGCGGACUACGUCAUCACUUUUUGCCCCGCUGUUCCCAGACAGAAAGAGGGAAAGAACGACCCUCAGGCGGCGGGGUUGCCGUUAAUAAAUGAGGCGAUGGUGUUUCAGAGCGGCGUUGAAGGCGGCAGAUCAUCGAGUAUGGGCUCAGUUUUGCUUAUUGUCGCGACGACUCUGGUGGUUUCAUGGCGCGGUUGAUGCUAUGACUGCAUCGCCGGUUCAAUUGGUGGAUGAUGCUAUAAUGAGCUGUAUGUUGCGGCCGGCCUCCGGCGGCGAGCUGAGGCGGUGGAGGAUGUAAGGUGGGGGGUUGAAAGUUGCAGAGCUUCCUGUUGCUUGGAAUUGAAUGACUCUGAUAGAGUUUUGGAAGCGUGAACAUUGGAAAAGGUUUUGGUUGGGGCCUUGAUGAGGAGGGAAUAGUAAUUAUGUAGUUAAAUUGAAUUAGUUUUGUUUUUUUUAUUAUUAGCUUAGUUCUGCAGUGUAAUGUAUAAAAGCACUAUUCAGAAUUCUUCCGAAGACGUGUAUGGAUUGUUUUUUAUUUACUAUUGCCUUUA